AUGGCUACAAGGACUUUAUGGUUGGUUCUUCUAUCUCUCACAAAAAUUGCUGGAAAGAUUUGCAAAGGUGUUGAAAAUUCUAAGGCAAUUGAUACAACGGCCCAACCAGCGACCACAAAAUGUGGAAAUUUUUUUAUUUCUGGAAGUUUGACAGAGCCACAAUGGUUACAGAAACUGGAUCUUUGCAAUAAGAGUUUCAAAGGUACAAUUCCAACAAGCCUAUCUCAUUGCUUGAAUCUCAUGUACCUUAAUGUAGCCAGAAAUAAGCUAGUUGGAGAGUUCCUGAAAGAACUUGCUUAUUCAAUGCCACGACUCAUCAUACUCUACCUUCGUGAGAACAAUUUGACCGGAGGGAUUCCUCCGUCGAUUGAGAAUCUUACUUCUCUGGAAAACUUUGGUGCAGUUUACACUCCCUUUGGAGGAAUUAUCCCAAAUGCUUUGGGUCAAUUGAAAUAUCUAACGUUCUUAGGGUUGGGUGGGACUCAAAUUUCAGGUACCAUCCCUCCUUCCUUGUACAACCUAUCAUUGCUAGAUACGUUAUCCUUGUUUGAUAAUCGUCUUUCGGGUAGUCUUCCACUGACAUUUGCUUUCAUAUUCCCUGAACUUCGGAUCCUACGGCUAUAUGUCAACCAAUUUAAUGGUCCAAUCCGCUUUCAAUAUCCAACUCUUCGAAGUUGGUAA